AUGCAAGUAAAUCUACAUAGUAAGAAAAAGAAAGGAAGGAGAUAUUCGCCCCAACUUAAAUCCUUGGCAAUUUCCAUUUAUCACGCAAGUGGUAAAGCAUACAGAAUGUUGUUGAAAUUGUUUAUUUUGCCAACAAAAACAUCACUCAGGCAUUACAUAUCAAAACUACCAGCUAUCCCUGGCUUUUCCCAAGGCACACUUAAUAUUAUCAAGAGCAAAGUUUCGCAUAUGAAUGAACAGGAAAAAAUCUGUACUUUGUGCAUGGAUGAGAUUUCCCUCAAAACCAAUUUAUUUUAUGACAAAAUUGUAGGUUUAGAAGAUUUCGGCGGUAGUUACUGUACAAACAAAGUGGCAACAUCAGCACUUGUGUUUCUCGUCCGUAGCAUCACAGGAAAUUGGAAACAACCACUGGGUUAUGUCCUUGUGAAUGGUGCAUGCCACAAAGACGAAGCAGAAAGGCUCAUGAAGGAAGCAAUCGAUAAAUUAGAUGCCAUUGGUCUUAAAGUUCUGGUUAUAAUGUCAGAUAUGGGAUCCAAUUUCCAAAGCUUGGUCAAUCAUCUUAACAUAACUCCAGAGAAUCCCUGGUUUAUCCACAACAACACAAAAUAUUUUGUUAUGUUUGAUCCACUCCACUUGAUCAAGUGCAUAAGAAACAAUCUCAUGAAGUAUUCUUUUCAUUUUGACUCCUACACUGCCAGUUGGAAGGACAUUGAAAACCUUUAUGAAAAAGACAAAUUAUUACCUAUUAGAGAUGCUCCGAAACUGACUGAAAAGCAUAUACAUCCUAACAAUUUUUGUAAAAUGAAGGUGAAGUUGGCCACCCAAGUACUAAGCCACACUGUAGCAGCCAGUAUAUGCACAUAUGUAAGUGUAGGGGCCCUUCCAUCUUCAGCAAUGGGAACAGCAGAGCUGCUUUUAAAAUUUGAUUCUCUCUUCGAUUGUGUCAACAGUUCAACUUUGUAUUCUGCAAAAAAGUUCAAAUGUGCCCUAAAUGAUAAUUCUCCGCAUAUUAGCUUUUUUAAGGAAGCCAUAAGUUUUUUAAAGGGCUUGAAAGUUUUAGAUUCUGAUGGCAAAGAAGUAACUAACAGGAUUAAGUGCCUAAAGGGGUGGUUGCUUACCAUUAAUGCCAUUCUUUUAAUUUGGGAGCACCUUAAGUUAGUCAUGAGUUUAAGUUUCUCCUUACUAGAAGAUUAAACACAGAUCCCAUUGAGAAUUUCUUUGGUUCAAUACGCCAGCAGGGAGGGAAUAGCGAUAACCCGACACCUGUCCAAUUCACUCGAGCCUUUAGGAAGUUGUUCUUUAGCUCCUUUCUUAAUUCCUCUGCUGGAAAUUGUGAUGACGACUUGGACACUCUACUGGCUCAAUGCACUGGUAAGAAGCGCAAACUGGCCAAAGUUCCAAUCCUGGUUGCUCCACCACCUCAACCAAACACGUUGGACAUUGGACCUAUGGAUUACAAAGAAAACAGCGUAAGUUCCAGUUUGACAAGAGAAAACGCCAUCGCCUAUGUCUCUGGGUAUCUGUUGAAGAAAUGUUUUACCAAGCAUCAGUGUGAAACAUGCAAACCUGUUCUUGUGUCACAUGAACUAGACGACAGUCGGAAACUUCUAUGCUAUAUUUUAAAGCAUAUGAGUCUGAAGAAGUUCCUUUUGGAGGGCUGA